CUGCAGCCAGGAUCUGCCCCCGGCCCCGCUGGGAUCCAGGCCUUCCAUUCUCCUGUUAAAGAAGCACUCCCCAGGCUCCCUCUGCCUGUGUGCCUGGCCAGCAGGAGGUGGUGUUAACUUUCUAGCCACUUCUCACACUCUGUGAGGGGCUGGUGACCUUCAAGGAGAUGGCUAUGUAUUUCACCAGGGAAGAGUGGGCUCUGCUGGACCCCACUCAGAGAGCCCUCUACUGGGAUGUCAUGCAGGAGAACUAUGAGACUGUGACCUCGCUGGGCCAGAGAAUAACAUCCAUGUUUCGCUGCAGAUCAUCUCGUCCUCCCAGGGGCAAGGAAAUGGCUGCAAUGGAGCUGGCUCAGGGGCCGGUGACCUUCGAGGAGGUGGCUGUGUAUUUCUCCAGGGAAGAGGGGACUCUGCUGGACCCCACUCAGAGAGCCCUCUACAGAGAUGUCAUGCAGGGGAACUAUGAGACGAUGGUCUUGCUGGGUAAGGAUUCCUGUCCCUUCUGUUCUUGGAAGGGGAAAUGAAGAGUGAAGGUUCAUGCCACCCCCACAAUGCC